AUGGACUUUUAUGAGAUUUUCAAUGGGGAGGAUUUGGCUUCUCUGCCGAGUGGGACGUGGGGGAUUAAAGAGCCGGACUCGCACUGGCAGGAGAAGGCUCGGAAGACCGGUGUCGCAUUCGACCGUUCAUUCUCGCGAUUAGGACAUGGAAAAGGGUACUAUGACCGUUUCAUCUCGACUUACGUCGCGAGUGGAAGGCCUAAACCGCUGCUUGUGGCUCUUGCACUAAAAGAGCAAUUACUAGAAGCGGACUCGGUGCCUAUGGGUGAACACGAUUGGAAAGUGGAUAUCAUUGUAACUCCAGAGGAAGUCCUCGUCAACAAUGAUGUCGGGGCUAACGCUCGAGAGCCUACACCGGAGGUUGUUUAG